CAUGUUUAAAAAUGAAUGUUAAUUUGACAACAAUCGUCCCAGAAGACUUUACAAUCGCAAGUGAUAUUAAUCCAUUCAAAUCUCAGAUUUUUGGUGCUUUGGUGUUUUGUGUUCUGUUACCGUGUCUUACACAGUUUAAUCAGAUGAUUUCCAUCUCAACAUCUAAUGGAUAUACAAUUAUAACUACUCAAGGGUUUAAUCAGCGCCCGAUUGUCAUAAAUUUACCUUCCAACAAUCAAGGUACAUCAGGAAAUGGCCAAGAUACUGGGUCAACAUCGUCUGGACAACAAAUAUCUGGUAAUCAAGGUAUGAUGUCCGGAGGGGGCUCUGGUCAAAUGCCUGGUGGAUCGUCCAUGCAAAUGCCUAGGCCAACUACGCCAAUGGGUCAACCUGGACAAGGACAAGGACAAGGACAAGGGCAGGGACAGGGACAGAGUGGCCAAGGCUCUGGUGGAAAUAUUCCUGGAGGAUUUACUAUUCCAUCGGGAUUCUCACUUCCGUCGGGAUUUUCACUUCCAUCGGUUCGUUACUCAAAUUCCCAAGAACUGUUUCUUCAAAAUGGACAGAAUGACCAAUCCUUAAAACAAACUACUCCAUCUUUGACCAUAAGUAAAUUCAAUACAAAUCGAUUGACCGUUUCCAAAACCUCAGUUGUACCUUUGUAUUUGAGACAAAAUAAUAAACAUCGACAUCGUUGGCAAUCACAUGGAAAUAUCAAUCGUUAUCAUCGUUAUCAGAUGUCUCAAUCCAACAAUCAAAGAGUAAUAAAACUAUUGACCAUAGACAAUUCAAGACAAGGACGUAAACAAUUAAGAAACAAUCAACCACGAAUUUGGAUAUCUCGAACCAAUAACAAUAAUAAAAAUCAUCAACGUCAAUUGAACAGCAAUAAUAGAAAUAAUAGAAAUACGAGAAUCAAUUGAUUAAUAUCAUUGGAUAUUUAAAUUGUUGGUUAAUUUGAAUAAUUUACCAUCUUUAUUACAACAACAACCAAUGAUUACAUAACAAUUAACAUAAUG